CAGCCUGUCCGGUAGGAUGGGACCAGACCAGUAGCCACAUAUCCGUGCACGCCUGACCGCUAGUCUACUUCCUGGAUGGAAGAAUGGGACAUUUCCAGCACCACUUUUCUGCUUUGGGCUUCGUCUCGCUGACGCCGCGGAUAAUCACUUAAUAAUGACCGCAUGUAGUCAAUAUUAUUCGAUCACUUUUUUUCUCUCCCCCUUGCUUCUUCCUCCUGUAGUUAAAUACCGCGAUUGAUCGCCGAUUGACCUCGCUACACUUCGGGAAUGUCGCUAUCUGGAAGCCCGCAGCUGCACACACGGAGGAGUCCAACAACAGAUUUUGAACUGUUUUUGCACAGCCAUAGCGUGCGUAACGUUUUAUUCCUCGAAGCUAAGAGCAGCCUGUGCUCAGACCGGAGGCGAAAAUUUUUGUCUUUUUAAAAAAGGAAAAAAGGGGGGAGGAAGAAAAAGCAGUGACUGUGUCCUGACCGCCAACCAUUACUUUGAUGCUCUGCCUUCGUGGCCACUGUGCCAACUUCGUUUUAGCUUAGGUGGUGUGCGUGUGAGUGAUUUCUCCCUCUCUCUCGCUUUCUCUGGUUGUUCUCUUUUUUUUUAAAGAAGAAGAAAAAGACAAACUUUGUCACCCGUUGCCUUCUUGCUGCUCUCGAUGAGUAGACUAACAUGCGGAGAAUACGGGAACCGAGUUACUGGUGGAUUUUAUCCUUAAUGUUUUUAACCUUGCCCAAACACAAAGACUGUCAGCCUGUCGCGUCGGGUCACCACACUGGAGGCAACCAUUAUGGAGGCACAGGCGUAAUGAGGGAGAGGAGGACAGUUGAUGACCCCUACUGGUCCUAUUCAGGAAGCCAUGGACCUCGAGGCUGGGCAGCCUUAUACCCAGAAUGUGCCGGAAACAACCAAUCACCUGUGGACAUUGCAGAUGAACAAGCUCAGAUUUCUCAGGAGUACCUGAAGCUGGAGCUUGACAAGUUCAACACAGAGUCCUCCAACCAGACCACGAUGAAGAACACUGGAAAGACAGUUGCUAUACUCCUGAAGGAUGAGUACUUUGUAGCAGGGGCUGGACUGCCAGGGCGCUUUAAGGCUGAGAAGAUGGAGUUUCACUGGGGCCAGAGUAAUGGAUCAGCAGGCUCAGAACACAGCAUAAAUGGCAGAAGGUUCCCUGUAGAGAUGCAGAUCUACCUUUACAAUCCGGAUGACUUUGACAGCCUCAGUGCUGCCAUUAAGGAAAGACGCAUCGUUGCUGCCAUGGCCAUCUUCUUCGAGCUGGGACAAAAAGACAACCCAGCUGUGGACCCCAUCAUCCAGGGAUUGAAGGGAGUAGUGCAUCAUGAAAAGGAGACCUACCUCAGGUCGUUCGUCUUGAGGGAUCUGCUGCCAUCGUCGGUGGACAGUUAUUACAGAUACACCGGCUCUCUGACCACUCCGCCCUGCAGCAAGGUAGUGGAGUGGAUCAUCUUCUCCAGGCCUGUGUAUCUGUCCCACUCACAGCUGGAGGCUUUCUACUCCAUCUUUACAACAGAGCAACAGGACCACGUCAAGUCUGUCGAGUACCUGAGGAACAACUUCAGGCCCCUGCAGGACCUGGGCAAUCGCAAAAUUUUUAAGUCGGCUGUAGAAAAUGCAUGGCAGAGGGAUUUGACCGAGAUCCUGGGAAGUCCUCAUAGCACCGAGGCUUCAAAAGUGUGCAGCAGUGCCCCAGUGAGCAUGAAGAUCCAGCCGCUAAACCAGACGGCAUUGAUGGUGAGCUGGGAACGCCCUCUGACAGUCUACCACCCACCUAUCACCAGUUACAUGGUCUCCUACAGCUGGGUGAAACGUGAUGUCGCUGAUGAAAAGACCUUCACCAAGACGGGGGAUCAGAGCAUGAAAGCAGUCAUCACUAACGUUUCUCCUGACAUCCUGUACCUGUUCAGAGUGCAGGCAGUGUGUCAACAUGAUCUGCGCAGUGAUUUUAGCCAAACACUGUUGUUCAGAGCUAAUACAACAAGAAUUUUUGAAGGAUCUCGAAUUGUGAAGACUGGGAUGCCCACAGUUUCUCCUGCGUCCUCAGCAGACAUGGCUCCAAUCAGUUCUGGUUCCUCCACGUGGACGUCCUCUGGUAUCCACUUCUCCAUUGUCUCCAUGGCAACAGGGAUGGGCCCCUCUUCUAGUGGCAGCCAGGCCACGGUGGCAUCGGUAGUGACGAGCACCUUGCUGGCAGGCUUGGGUGUCGGCGGAGGGGUCAUCUCCUCCAUGCCCAGCUCUGUUUGGCCCACGCAGGCGCCUCAAGCCACUCACAACCCCACACGUCCAUCCACCGCGCCUGCAAAGUCCAACAACGAGCAGACGCCACCUCAGGGCUCCGAGACAGACAACGCGUCUGAGGAGAAUAAUGCUCCGCACGAGGGUGAAGAGGAGGGGGAGGAAGGCGAGAAAGAUGGGGAGAAGGAGGAGGAGGAAGAGCAGAAGAAGAAGAAGGAAAAGACUGGAACUGAUAAUGGAGAGAAACAAGCAAACAGCACUCUGGCCAAAAAACCUUUAAUCCCCACCCCCGCAUCCACAGCCAAAGAGAAAGGAGAAGGGAAACCUACAGUUAAAGGCACCACAGUACCUCCGAGCACUGGUGAAGACGUGGAGAGCGACCCUACAGGUGUAAACCCAGUGUCCACUCAGGAGCCGCGUAAUAGCAGCGUAAAGACGCAAAUUCCCAAGAAUUUACCUACAAAGAUCCCCACUGAAAACGAAAAUGCAAACAGCUGGCCUUUCUCUGUCCACACUGACAGAACCACCAUGUCCAAUGGGAUGCCGCCACCUCACCCGGGGAUGGGCAGGAUGGUGUGGAUUGUCCCCUUGGUGGUGGUGUCUGCUCUCACUCUGCUGUGCCUCAUCAUGCUGCUAAUUGUGAUGGUCUACUGGAGAAUGACUAGCAUCUGCUCCCUCCUCUGCAUGGCGUACAGGAGAUUUUUCCAGACAGCUCACUUUUAUGUGGAGGAGAGCAGCUCUCCACGGGUGGUGGCCAAUGAGAAUAUCCCAGUCAUCCCUAUACCAGAUGACAUGGAGGCCAUCCCUGUUAAGCAGUUUGUGAAACACGUCAUGGAGCUCUACAAAAACAACAUGCAGGGUUUUGCUGAGGAGUUUGAGGAGGUCCAACGCUCCACAGCCGACCUGAAAAUCACAGCAGAACAUUCCAAUCAUCCUGACAACAAGCACAAAAACAGAUACAUCAACAUUGUGGCCUACGACCACAGCCGGGUGAAAUUACGGGCUUUGGCAGGAAAAGAUGCCAAACAUUCGGAUUACAUUAAUGCCAACUAUGUGGAUGGCUACAACCAGCCCAGAGCUUAUAUAGCUGCUCAGGGGCCUCUCAAGUCUACAUUCGAGGACUUCUGGAGGAUGGUGUGGGAGCAGAACACUGGAGUCAUAGUCAUGAUCACGAACCUUGUGGAGAAAGGAAGAAGGAAAUGUGACCAGUACUGGCCAACAGAGAACAGCGAGCAGUAUGGAAGCAUCGUGGUGACCCUGAAAAGCACCAAAGUGCACGCUUGCUACACAUUGCGCCGUUUCCUUAUUAGGAACACUAAAGUUAAAAAGGGGCAGAAGGGGAACCCGAAAGGGAAACUAAAUGAGCGCAUUGUGGUCCAGUAUCACUACACUCAGUGGCCUGACAUGGGAGUACCGGAGUACACCCUUCCUGUCCUCACCUUCAUCAACCGCUCAUCUGCAGCUCGUGCUGCAGACAUGGGCCCUGUCCUGGUGCACUGCAGUGCAGGCGUGGGGCGCACCGGAACAUACAUUGUCAUUGACAGCAUGCUGCAACAAAUCAAGGACAAAAGCACAGUCAGCGUCCUGGAUUUUCUCAAACAUAUCCGCACACAACGCAACUACCUAGUCCAGACUGAGGAGCAGUAUGUUUUCAUCCACGAUGCUUUAAUGGAGGCUAUCCUGAGCAGAGAGACGGAGGUGCCCGCCUGGCAGCUUCACAGCUAUGUCAACAGCGUCCUUACACCCAACUCAACAGGCCGCACACGGCUGGAGAAGCAGUUCAGGCUGCUGACUCAGUGCAACACACGCUUUGUGGAGUGCUUCAGCGCCCACAAAGACUGCAACAAGGAAAAGAACCGCAAUUCCUCAGUGGUUCCCUCGGAGCGAGCAAGGGUUGGACUCGCCACUCUGCCUGGCAUGAAAGGAACAGAUUACAUUAAUGCAUCCUACAUAAUGGGCUACUACAGGAGCAAUGAGUUCAUCAUUACCCAGCAUCCUUUGCCUCAUACCACCACAGACUUCUGGAGAAUGAUUUGGGACCAUAACGCUCAAAUUAUUGUCAUGUUGCCCGACAACCACGGCCUGGCUGAGGAUGAAUUUGUUUACUGGCCAAGUCGCGAAGAGGCCAUGAACUGCAUCGCCUUCACUGUCACACUCAUCAGUAAGGACAGACUGUGCCUCUCCAACGAGGAGCAGAUCAUCAUCCAUGACUUCAUUCUAGAGGCCACACAGGACGAUUACGUUCUGGAGGUGAGGCAUUUCCAGUGCCCUAAAUGGCCAAACCCUGAUGCCCCUCUCAGCAGCACCUUCGAGCUCAUUAGUGUCAUCAAGGAGGAAGCCAUGACUCGAGAUGGCCCCACUAUUGUGCAUGAUGAGUAUGGAGCAGUGUCAGCAGGAAUGCUCUGUGCCCUCACCACGCUGUCCCAGCAGCUGGAGAACGAGGGUGUUGUCGACAUCUAUCAGGUGGCUAAGAUGAUCAAUCUUAUGAGGCCAGGAGUCUUCACUGACAUAGAGCAGUACCAGUACCUUUACAAAGCCAUGCUCAGCCUGGUCAGUAACCGAGAGUGUGGCCUGAGCCCCAUGCACAUGGACACUAAUGGGGCGGUGGUGAUCGCAGACGAGUCGGACCCCGCAGAGAGCAUGGAGUCGCUCGUCUGAGGACAUUCUUACAGGCACUUAAUUUGUAAAAAUCCGAGAACAUUUCUGAGGCCUUUUUGCCAGACUAUUGAUUAAAAUGAAUAACCUUAUUACUUUUUAUACUGAUAAAAGUUUUUUGAUAUUUAUGUUUUUGUCCUUUAUUUCUUGUCUUAAAUGUUAUCCUGCUGAGCGUUUGCACCUGUUUUAAGUUGACACGAGGAAUAAGCAGCUCUGUCCAGUUUGCACUAUACUAUCAGUGUUACUGCCUAAAAUCCAGUGAGCAAAAGUAUGACAUCAUUAAAUCCUGGCAUCGCGAGGAAACUCGGAUCUUGGACCGCGCUGAGACAAACGCGAGGCACGAAGGCCGGGAUGCGCUGAAGCGAUCCACUUCCUGAUUGUCUCGGAACAAAACUUCACUUCAUUUUACAAGCAUGAAUUAUGUCACUUUAUCACUUCAGUCAGACUAACUGUUUUGAGGCUCCGCUCCACAGGGGUGAAGCUUUUUUAUCUCGUGAAGAGACUCACACCUGCCUAUAUAUUAUUUCCCCAGUAUCUCACUGCUGUCUUGUAAAAUGUACCUAUGGCUUAUUUUGUUAAAGUGUGUUACAACAUCUAAUGUGAACAUUUAUUGCUUUUUACAGGGAUUUAUAUUGUUAUAUUGUUAAAUUGUUUUGUAAUAUAUAUAAAUAUAUCUAUAAAUAUUAUAUCCCUAAUAGCCAGCCAAUGAUUGUUUUGUUUUUUUUUCUUAUUUGUCCACCUGCCUUGGUGUAAACUUACUUCCUUUUUUUUUUUUUUUUUUUUAAAUAAAUGGAGAUCUGUAGCUUGUCAUGUAUUGCCUACAAAUCUCCAGCUGUGUUUUUCUUUAUUUUUUUUCAGCAUUUCUUUGAGCUUUUCUAACCCAAGCGGUCCAAGCUCAGCUGUUAAACAUCUGUACCAACAAAAUGUAAUCGCUCUACAUCUUUUUUUUUUUUCCAUGUGUUUUUGCAAUGCAGUGGAUGUAACGAGAAUUUAUUUUUGACGCUGAUCAACACCAAAAUUGAAUAAAUGAAUAAAUAAAAUUCACGUCAAAGUGAAAACAACUGGCGGCGGAUUCGUUUUCAACAUUUAAAAAUCCAAAUCCCACAUUUUUCUGCACAAACAUUCAAGGACUUCAAGGCCACAUUCACAGAGGGAUCUUUGGCAGCAUUUAUAAGUUGGUUAGGUUGAGUCAUUAGAGGAUAUGUGCAUAUCAGUUUUGUGGAUAAUGAUACUGCAGUUUUGUUGUCCUUUCAAAUCCUGCCAAGCUGAUGUGAGCAAACUGCCAGUUUUUCAAGACUUAAUCUGGACUAUAUACAUAUAUCUAUAUACAUAUAUAGAUAUAUCUAUAUAUAUGUGUGUGUCUCUCUCCAUUCAUAUGUAUACACAAUAUAUCUAUAUAUAUAAAUCAAAAUAAAAUAUGGUGCAUGCCUGAGCUUGAGAUGUGGAGGUGAGCCUUACAAGCAUAAGGUUUGUUGAAGCCCUUCACAGAAAGUAGGCAGAGGGACUUCGAGACAGGAGCUAAAAGAGGAUAAACUGAGGGGCUGUUUUAAACUGUGAAUCAUUCAAGGCUACUCCAUUAGAGUACCACAAUAAAAAAAGAUGAAGCAGGAAAUGAGUAGAAAUCGCUCUCAAUUAAGGAAAGUCAUGCUUUAUAGUUCAUUGUUUUACCCAAUUUUACCACAGAGAAGAAUCCCCGCCAGGCAUCCUGGUGAAGAUGUUAUUCAGUGCCUUGUUCAGAUGUUUUUGGGUUUUUCUUUUGGAUGAUAGUUAUCUUUGUUCGUAAUGAAGUUAUUGCAGGAAAAUGAACUAGGACUUGGACUUCAUGGGACUGAAAUUGCUCAAUGUACUGUCAUCACAAAGUGGAUUAACUUACGGAAGGAUGGACUAUUUAGAUUUUAUUAAAAGGGGUGAAUGUGUUUGCAAAUUAAUCGAUCUGAAUUUGCAUUCAAAUUCUUGAAUAUCUUGAUAUGGGUCAUUUUUCUCACCCUGUUGAUCAGUGUCAAAAAAAAAUUAUGUUACUUCCAUUUAAAAUUGUAAACAAACACUGAAAAAAGUCAAAUUAGGUGAAAUCGUUCUGUGGAGGUGGGGGGGAGGGGUGCUUUAUUUGUAACCAAAGAUGUGGUCCCGCUUUGGAACAUGUUAUUGGUUUUAUCCUGAGAUCUAUUAAACCAGAUAGAAUUUGAAAAUCCAUAUAGUUAAAUCUCGCAGAUUUCCACUGUGGAAAGUGUGAACUUAUCCUUUGAGCAUGUUUCACUUCUAGCCUCAAACUCGCCUUCCACAAGCUCAAGAUCAAAGACUUGUGUGACGAGGUUUCAAAUUCCGACUGUAAAUUGUAUUUUAUCUGGACUUUACUGCGUUAGUUUGGAACUGUAAUUAUAACCCAUUUUCAACCCUUAACAUUCCUCUCUUGGUUGAUUUUUGUGUUUUCUGAGAUCGAUUUUUUUUUAAAUUUCAUUUGAUUUUUUUUAACUUUUUUUUUUUUUAAAUUCAUCUGAUAACAUUUCCUUUCCAUCCGGGAGUUUGCUUAAUCCAUUGAAACCCCUCUGACAUUUGGAGAAACCUUUUUUUCAUUUUUAAAUUUUCACCUCGUGUUGGUGUGUGUGUGUGAGUGUGAAUGCCAGCAUCUUUCUCUGCUCACAUUUGAAACACAAGUGCUGUAGCUUCACGCAUUUACUUAAAAAGGAAAAAAAAAAAAAAUCUGUAACCUUUGUGAUCAUAGAAGUUUAUAUUUUCAUACAAAGAUUUGGUUUGUACAGAGGACCUGUAACAGAUUGUACUUUUGUGAAAACACCUCAGCAAAACUCCAAACGAAGCUGCCCUUCUGAGAUCCGCCAUGACGAUUUAGAUCAGAUAUCAGAUAUGUUGGUCUCGGAUCACUUCAGCUACGCUGGUCAUUAACUCUAAUCUGUAACUUUCAAUUCAAAAAAAAAAGAAAAAAAAAAGGUUUUGUCAGUCACAUUACGUGUUUAUAUGACAGUAUCAUAGUUAUUCCUAUGAUGCUAUUAUAUACCAUAUUAUAAUAUACUGUCAUUUAGGUAAAUUGUAUUGCUCUGCAUUGAAUAAAGUCUGGCUUUGGGUGCACUGCAUCCUUGUAUUACAUGAAGUAUGGAAAAUAAAAUAAGGAACCUGC